AUGAGGAGACGUUCGGCGAAAAGAAAGACUUCCGAGGCUGAUACUCCGAUCAAGCCGGAGCCUGUGAAGACGGAGGCUUCGCCGGGAACUGGAAGCCCUAACAAAUCGGGUGCUGACUCACCGAACGAAUUCGAUUUCGAUUUCGAAAUCAAGAAGCUGAGGUCAUCGUCAUCUGCAUCUGCUAAGAAGAAGACCGAUGGCGUCUCUGGAGGAGGAGGAUUACCGUCGGCGUCCAAGUUCAUGCCGCGGAGCGGAGGAUUAUCUACAAUCACCGGCGUGAACACGAUCGCAGAUCUGAAGGAUUUCGCUUCGUCUGAGUUGCAAUCGAUUAAGCAACAGCUGGAGCGGUCGCACUCCGAAAUCAUGAAGGAUAUGGAUGCUUCUCAAUCUCGUCUCCAGAAAAGAUUCAAGAUGCAGUCUCAAGGAGGCCAGCAAGUGAUGGAUGAAGCUGAGAGGGAGUUCAAAGAGAUAUGUGACAGUAUUGGGAAUAGUCAAGACGCAAUGAAGGCUGACUUCACUAAAUUCAUGAAAGAAGCACAGUCCAGUGCAGCCCGUUUGAGCAAAACAACCCUUCCUGAAAUUUUCCAGUCCUUUGAGAGCUCCAUCAGUUCCCUGAGAAGCCGUUAUGGGAUUUCCUCAACUGCAGCUUGUUGA